CAGAACAAAUAUCUGUCAGUGAGGAAUUAAAUUAGAGACCAUGGGCAGAUGUUUGGUUUCAGUUCAUUUUCAUCAGUUUCUCAUAAAACGAGGCCUUUCUUUCACAUCAUGUUGUUUUUCCAGUCGAUGGGUCUUGAUUUAAGAACUUUUAGAGGUUUGUCCUGGAAAAUGAUGAAAACGCCGAGCAUCAGGAUUGUUUGCGGUGCAAUCCGAAGGAUCCAGUACAAAUGAAUCACAGAAACCACUGAACGUCUUGUGAAGCUGCUUGAGAUGCUCCUCAGGUCUUCUGGGUGUUAAGGUGGGUUUCUUCCAGCAGGUGGCGCUGGGGCUGAUUUUGCGCAGUUGAUUGCAAGACGAACUUAAAACCUUUCAGGUGUGACAGGUGACAUGCAUUCUGAUGCCGCUUUGAGAAGAUCUCAGGUACCGAAUGAUCCCCACGCUUUGAGAUUAGACUGGAAGUGCUAGAUUAGACUCUGUUUUACUGUCCUUGCAGUGACUUUUACAGAAAGUACAAAGUUACAGGAUGAAACUGGAAAAGGAAAAACACGACAGAAGAGAGAAGAAGAAAUCCAAACGCUCCUCUAAAGACAGAGAGAAGGAGCUGAACGGAAAACAGAUGAAGAGGUCCGAUAGGCGAUCUGGACUCAGCAGCGCAGGGAAACGUGAAGCAGGAGAUGGAGACUCCUGUGAGGACGUCAAAGCAGAUGCUGAAGAAAGAAGUGAUGGACAGCAGAAGUCAGACUCUCCAGAAAUCAACAACAAUGACAAAGAGAAGACUCGGCUGAAGAGCAGCAAGGAGCGUCUCAUCCAGAAAGAAGCCCAGGAGGAUGAAUCUGAGGAGCCUGUCAGGAUGAAGAAGAGAGUCAAAGAUGAAAAGAGUUCAGAGAAGAAGAGGAGAAAGACGGGUUCUGAACACGACAAAACGGACAAGAACAAAAAGAUGAAGAAAGACAGAAACCAGGAGGAGGAGAAGAAGAAGGGGAAGGAGGCCAAGAAGGACGAGGAGUCUGAGAAGUGGAAGUGGUGGGAGGAAGGAAAGUCAUCAGACACUCAGAAAUGGAGCAGUCUGGAGCACAAAGGCCCGUAUUUUCCUCCUGAAUACGAGCUGCUGCCGGAGAACAUCUGCUUUUAUUAUGACGGUCAGCCAGUGAAACUCAGUCCUGCUUCGGAGGAGAUCGCCACUUUCUACGCUAAGAUGCUGGAUCAUGAAUACACCAGUAAAGAAGUGUUUCAGAACAACUUCUUCAGCGACUGGAGGGAGGAGAUGACCAAAGAAGAGCAGAAGCUGAUCACGACGCUGUCCAAGUGUGACUUCAGUCAGAUGCAGAAGUAUUUCGUGGAGAAGUCUGAGGAGCGUAAGAACAUGACGAAGGAGGAGAAGCAGGUCCUGAAAGAGGAGGCCGGUCGGCUGAUGGAGGAGUACGGGUACUGUCUGCUGGACGGACACCGCGAGAAGAUCGGAAACUUCAAGCUGGAGCCGCCCGGACUGUUCCGCGGCCGAGGAGAACACCCCAAGAUGGGCAAGCUGAAGAAACGCAUCCAGCCUGAGGACGUGACCAUCAACUGCAGCAAAGACUCGAAGGUCCCCGAGCCCCCUGCAGGUCAUCGCUGGAAGCGCGUGCAGCACGAUAACACGGUCACGUGGCUGGCGUCGUGGCUGGAGAACAUUCACGGACGACCCAAGUACAUCAUGCUGAACCCCAGCUCCAAACUCAAGGGUGAGAAGGACUGGCAGAAGUAUGAGACGGCUCGGAGGCUGAAGAUGAAGGUGGACUCCAUCAGAAAACAGUACAGACGUGACUGGACGUCCAGAGAGAUGAAGAGCAGACAGAGAGGAGUCGCCAUCUACUUCAUCGACAAGCUGGCUCUGCGGGCAGGGAAUGAGAAGGAUGAUGAGUCUGCUGAUACGGUGGGCUGCUGUUCUCUGAGAGUCGAGCACAUCUCUCUUCACCGGCGUCUGGACGGUCAGGAACACGUGGUCGAGUUCGACUUCCUCGGAAAAGACUCCAUCCGAUACUACAACAAAGUUCCUGUGGAGAAACAGGUUUUCAAGAAUCUGAAGCUGUUCAUAAAACACAAGGAUCCAGAAGAUGAUUUAUUUGACAGAAUUACGACGGUCAAACUCAACAAAACCCUGAACGAGUCCAUGCCUGGUCUGACGGCCAAAGUGUUUCGAACCUUCAACGCCUCGACCACGCUCCAGGACCAGCUCAACAAACUGACCACAGAGGACAUGACGGUGGAGGAGAAGAUCCUGUCUUAUAACCGAGCGAACAGAGCCGUGGCGAUCCUCUGUAACCACCAGAGGGCAGCACCUAAAACCUUCGAGAAAUCCAUGCAGCUGCUGCAGGAGAAGAUCCAGAAGAAAAAGGAACAAAUCGAAGAGGCCAGAAAAGAGCUGAAGGAAGCAAAGAAAACACACAAAGACGCUCCGUCUGACAAAUCCAAGAAGCUGCUGGAUAAGAAGGAGAAGGCUGUUCAGAGACUGUGUGAGCAGCUGAAGAAGUUACAGCUACAGGAGACGGAUCGUGAAGAGAACAAGGUCAUCGCUCUGGGCACGUCCAAACUAAACUACCUGGACCCCCGCAUCAGUGUGGCCUGGUGUAAGAAACAUCAGGUGCCCGUUGAGAAGAUCUACAACAAAACCCAGAGGGACAAGUUCGCCUGGGCCAUCGACAUGACGGACGAGAGCUUCCAGUUCUGAGGCUCUUUCUGUUAAUAAUAUGUCUCCAGCUUUGCACCAGUCCUAGAAUCCCGCUCCAGAGUGAUCUUUAGAUGAUUUGAAGCCAGUAUCUGCCCAUUGAUUUACAAGCAGCAGAAUCUCAUCACACGAAUCUCGGCGUCUGCAGCAAAUUCAUAUUUUCGUAGAGUUUGAGUCUGAAUGAAAUCGAGCCGUGAAGCCCGACGCAUCAAACACGACACUUAUCCGGAUCGCACGCAAGCGUCCAGCUCGCCGCCGAGGCCGUGAUUGGCUGCUGAUUGGCCGGUGUUUUCCUCUCGGAGCUCCCGCAGACGUGUGAAGUGUUUUCUUCGCUCGUCUCAACACGUGUAUUUUGGUCCUGGUUCCUCAGACGUCUGAUGAUCUCCGGCCCGAGGAGACGCUAUGAGAAACCAUCUGCUAAAUGACAAAUAACUAAAUAAGCCACACCUGAGCCGCUUCAGCAAAACAAAUCACCCUCAUCAUCCACAUCUAUAAAAAACACGCGCAUGAAUUAAAGAUGAGUUCUCCAGAGGUAAUUGAACACUCCGGCAGGCAUUACAGCGGUCCUUAAUAUCACUGAGGCCAUGAAUGAGCUUUAAGAGCACAAUUACUGUAAAGCGCUUUCAGUCUGAAGGAUACUACAGUAAACGCUGCACUUCAUCCUCCUCUAGUUUCACCUUGCAUUGAACAAGACGUAAUCAUCUGAAAGGUAUACAUGCACGAGACGUCUAUUCAUAUAUACAUGAUAAAAUACACUAUACACAGCUUUAACAAAAACAUGUCGGGUGCGAUUGAUUGAUUGAUCGCUGGAAAGUGUAAAAUGUGCCACAAAUACAAUAAUACUUUUUAUGCAACGCGUCUUUGGUAUUACUUUUAUAUCUAUAUUUAUUUAGCUAAAUAGCUAAUGUUCCCAUAAUGUGUGCAAAACU